UUUCUCGUCCUCCACCUCUGACUUCCCAUUGGUCGAUAUGCAGGGGGAGUGGGCGGGGCUGACCACAACAUCUAACCUCCUCCCUGUCAGUCUUGUUGGACAGACGGCGUGUUCCCAAGCCCCUCCCAAGUCUGGACUCCCCUUCACACACAUGAGCUUCUGUUAUGGCAAGGCAACACUCUGGCAUUUACCAUAGGACUACAGGAGGCAAGAAGACAAGCUCAACUGGACCGAAAAAACAGCAAAUCUAAUAGGAAAAAACUGCACAUACUAUGCCCCAAGAUUCUAGACGAUAUUUGGCAACGCUGACACAAUGAUGGAAGGGCAAAACGGACAUGUUUUCACUCAUAAAACCAAUGGAUUCAAAGGGAAGCCCCCGUACUCAGUGGAAACUCCAUAUGGCUUCCAGCUGGAUUUAGACUUCCUCAAAUAUGUGGAUGACAUCGAGAAAGGCAACACAAUCAAACGUGUUCCCAUCCAGCGCAGGAGUAAGGUUCCCCGAGCCAGCACUCUCCCCCGUCACCUCCACCUCUCCUCUUCUGGCUCCCGCCCAAGCCCCUGGGGGUCCACUGGGGCACUGGGGCCAAGGUCACAACGCCUGUCAGGUACUCACCAUGGUUACUCCUCCUGGUCACAUGACACCAAGGCGCCCCUUUCAUUGGCCGGUUUCAAAUCUCAGGCUGAAAUGGAAGCUAGGAUAAAGGAGUUUGACGAGCAGCCAUUAGGUGAACAUAUUAGGCCACAUCUUCUCAGAGCUUCCAGUCUACCCUUGACUGUUUUAUUAAGGCAAACUUCUGAAUCUACAGAGGAUGCAAGCAGCCUAAGGAGUUCUAGGGAUUGUCUUGGAGCGAAAAAUACCUCUUGUGAAGACUUAUUUGACUCUCAUCCCAACUCUGGACUGAUAAAACGUCUUUCUGAGGCAUUAGAACGUGUUGCAGAGCUUGAGAUGGAAGUGAGGGUUAUCCCAGAGUUGCGGGCUCAAAUCAGUAGACUCCAAGAUGAGCGUGAAAGAUUACGCCUGGCUCUUAGUUCAAACAUCCAACCACAGUCUUUAAAUGGAUGUUACUCUUCAUGCCACUAUAAUACUAUUGAUGUCAAAAGGCCCAGACAUGAUAGCCACAUUAGUGACAGUCUCAACAACUUGGACUCAAAUCUCUCGCACGAGUGGAGAAGUAGCACAGAUCUGGAUGAGCUACUAACAGUGACGUCGCUCCAGGCUAAAGUAGCAGCGCUAGAGCAGAAGCUUCACGAGAGUGGACUUGAGUUGAAAAAAAUGACAGGGAUGCUUAAUGAACAGCAAAAUGAAAGUAGGAGGAAAGACGACAAGAUUGAUGAGCUCAUUUGUAAUCCUGGAGUGUGGGUGAAAGCGGAGAGAGUGAUGGUGGAGCAGGAUGGAGAGGAGACCACAGUGAAGAGUCUGCAACCAGGGAAGCCAAAUUUUGAGUUAGCUAAAGAAGAGCUGAAGGGGGCAGCAGAGGGUCAGGGGGGCACAGCAGAAGUGGUCCAUCACAUAAAGCAGAUCAGACUUCUCCUGGAUCAGCAGUGGGACUGUCUGUGCUCAGAACAAGGAGCACAACACAUAGACCCCAAAGUCAGGUUUCUGCAACAGGAGAUAGUUGGCCUGGUGGAUCUACUUUCAUCCUCCUAUGACCAACAGAAAAACACACAGGAGCAGCAUGGGGUUUCAGAUGUCUCUCAGUGUGUUACAAAGAAAAACAGAUGUGGACAGAAAGGUCUGGAUGAAAGGCACCACUCCACCACAAGUGUAAACCAGAACAACAUGGAGCCGAGUAAAUGUCGCAGAGAAAAGAUGGCGGCCACCCAGGUGCAUGAUGGUCCAGCAGAGAGGGGCACAAGUCCAAACACACACAUGGGAUCUGGAGGGACAGAUGGAAACACAGUGUCUGUAGAGGCUCCGGGGAAAUCAGUGAAGAUGAGAGCGCCCCCUGGAGAGCAGAUGGAGAGGGACCCUGGCUCUGACACGAGUGCUGCAGGCAGUGAGGUGGUUAAAGCUGAAUUUAUUGCAGCUUGCCAGUUUCUCAAAGAUCAUAUGAAGAAUAUGGAUAAUCCCAACGAUGAUAUGAGGAAAGCCUUGGUGGUCCUGUUCCAGAGUUGGUUUGGUGUAGCAGCAGAGGAGGCGUCCAAAGCCAGCUCAGUGGCCGCUCAUGUGAGAGAAGUGAAGAAAAACGCCCUGUCACUAAUGGCCUUCCUCAUCAACUUGGCAGACGACAAUGGAAACACUGUGUUACAUUACAGUGUCUCCCAUUGUAACUACAGCAUCGUCAGCGUGCUACUAGACACUGGCGUGGCUGAUGUGAACCUCCAGAACAAUGCUGGAUACACAUCUAUGAUGCUCGCCUCUCUCACAGCCCCCGAUGGCCCCAGUGGCAUGGAGGUGGUCCGGAGAUUAAUGGAACUGGGCAAUGCCAACAUUAAGUCCAACCAGACGGGCCAGACAGCUCUGCACUUGGCGGUGAGACAUGGGCGAGUGGUGAUGGUGCGCCUGCUGCUGAGCUGUGGGGCUGACGCAAACAUCCAGGACAAAGAGGGGACCACAGCGCUGAUGUUUGCCUCUGAGAGGGGUCACACACACAUCGCCAGGCUGCUGCUAGAGCGGAGCCAGUGUGAUCUCAGCCUGGCAGACAAGCAUGGUCGCACUGCUCUGUCCAUCGCCACACAGGGGUCGCACACUGAUACAGCCACUCUGCUGAAAGCACACGCUAAAGCCAGAGCGCUAUAAAUGUGCACAAACAUGGAGUGUGUUGUUCUUGUUGUACAUACAACCACUGACCUUGAAAUGUCAGUGUGGAAACUAUAAGCUGUACUGUUCCCUCAUUGUUCUGAUAUGUCCUUAUUCUGUCAGCAUAAUGUUCACUGUAUACACCUGUAUAUAAUUGCCCACUUAAGUACUUCUAUUUGUAUAUGAGAAUUAUUUGUAUAUCCCUUAUGGGAUAAAUAAAGUUAUGUAAUGGUUUUAUUGGUGUGUUAAACAAUAAAAAAUGUCUAUAUUGCACA